GUAUAAAAGAGUAAAUAUAGCGUGUCUCUGUUUAUUGCUAAUUUCCCCUUAUUUAUUAGUAGAAUAAAUUACAUCAAUUAGUAAUACUUUAGUCCAAGAAGGUGCACAGUCAAGUGAUUGGGUUCCGCACAUCCUCAUCAUGACAUGAGAUGAGUGAUUUCCCCCCUAGGAUUAGAGUUUUUCCACUUUCUCUUGCCACCGUAGCUUACACAAAGACAAUAAUAUAUAACGCUUCAAGGUGUACUAAACUGUUUGUUGCUAUAAAAUUCUUUUUUACGGUGUUUUCAACCCGAAAACACAGGAGUUCGGGCAGAUGCGCAGAAACUUAGCGGGUUUUACGGGGUUAAUUUACAAGUUGCGUCAUUCAAUGCGCCUCUACGUCAUCACUGAUUGACGGAAGUUGAAUGCUGUUUCGGGAAAAACAACAACACGACCCCGGUUUCCACGCCUUCUCCGCAGGGGGGUUCCUUCUCAUUGGGCACCGGCGGCUCACAGUCGGGGAGCCGGUGCGAGUGGCUCUAGGAGGAGGAUGACUUUUGUCCCGACGACGGCCACCCUGAUUUGCUGCUGUGACGCUCUCCUGCCUGGUCGAAGCUGCUGAGCGCGGCUUGAUGUGGCUCCUUCCUGGGCUGAAUCCGACCCGGGCCGGGGGAAAGCUCAUCCGAGGAUGAAUCCCCUCGCUCUGCAGCAGGUGUCCGACUUCAGCGAUUUCACCAGAGGCAGAGAUCUGAGUGACUUCCUGAGGGACAACAGUAUCGGCUCCGGCACCAGAGCUCCUCCGUUCCACCUGAGGAUCAGCCCAGAUGGGUGUCACAUCCACGUGGUCCUCUCCAAACCCAGAGCUGACCUUAUGACCUGCGAUAAGCGCAGAAGCAGCGCUCAGAUCCGCAGCCAAAGUGGUUUAGUUGUGAGCCCCGCAAAGCGGAGCCCCGUGGCGGAUGUCGUCUACUUGGACCGCGGCCGUGCAGGCGGCGGAUCGGCUCUGCUGGUUGCUUUUGAGGACGGAACCGCGGAGUUCUGGAGGUUCUGUGAACCCGAUUCAGGCUGGCAUCGGCUGCACGGCUCGGACUUGUGCGACACCCCCGGGGCGAAGGUGGUUUCCGUGUGCGCCGCUGGGGGACGCAUCGUGUGGUGCGAGAGGAGACGGCCGGUGGAGAACCCAUCCGAGGAGAACCCACCGCUCCUCGAUGGCCCACGGCUCUGCUUCACGUACAGCAUCUGCAGCAGAGCUUUCGAGCUGGACCAGGAGACGGUGCGCCUGGGGAGGGCCGAGGUGGUGCUGCGGGACGGUCCCCCUUUCGUGGUGGUCGCCUCCGCGGAGAACGUGUACCUCCUGCCGGACUCGAGGGCCUCUGCUCCGGGGAGCACCUCCAGGCUCCUUCUCGGGUGGUCCCCUUGCAGAGAUCAGGUCGCCGUCUACAGCAUCUGCGAAGGGUCCAUCCUGAUGGCGGAGCCGUCCGCCGCCGCAAAGGGGUCCGACUUCCGACGGUUGGUCUCCGAGUGCCUCGUGGCGUUGUUGGCUGCCGACCCCGUGGAACUCCGCUCCUUUUCGACAACUGGAGAUGGCGGCUUGGUUCUGCUCCUGAGCUCCGGCUGGAUCUGUGUGAUGAACGUGGACGGCGUCUUGAGACGGGUCCACAGACUAGCUGAAAACGGCGCCACCAGCAACUGCGACCGCAUUAGCAUGAACGCCUAUUCCGAUUGCCUAGCAGUUGUUGAGGGGCGGGUCCUUCAUGUGAUUGACUUGCAGUGUGGCUUGGAGUUGGGCAGAAUCCCACUACGUGAUGAUGGGAUCCUCUUCUUGAACCACGACGAGAGACAUGUCCCACAUUUGCUGACGGACACCGGGCUGUUCCUGGUCAGGCUUCACGAGUCGAGAUCCGAUCACAAUCCCGGCCAGGACUCGUCCCGCAGCGUCAGGCUGGAUUCGGUCCUGGAGGAGGUUGUCUUUGAGGAGGCCUGCAGGCGGUACCAGACAAGGACCCUGAGCGGCAUGCAGUUAACCGUAGACAAGAUGAUGAGUGAGGGGAAGUUACAGGCCCCCAUUUUGCUGUCCUCUGUUCUUAGGGACUACCUCAAGGAGAGGACAGUCAGCAGCUGGACACAAGGAGGAGUCCAUGGCUGCAAGAAGUUACUGAGGAUCCUGGAGCCAGAGCUGAAGAAGCUGGCGCUGCUGGAGGAUGUUAAGACAUCGGUGCUCACGGCAUCGGAAAGCCAGCUGCGGAGACACUGCGAGAUACUGGUGCAAGAGGAGCUCGUCCGCCUCCUGAGGACAGAGUUGAACGGAAAGGAUGUUCUCUACUUGAAUGUAGUUUUUAGCUCAUUCCCCUCUGAGUCCUGGGAGGCCGUGCAGACGCUCUUGCGCCUGAGCGAGACUAAAGACGGAGCUCUGUCCUCGGAGGCUCCUGCCGCAGUGUGGAGGACGGUGCUCGCGCCCGUCCAGCCAGAGGACACCUCUGUGCUGCUGACUCCUCUGCCCAUUUUUGAGCUCCUCUGCCGCUUGUUCCUUCUCUUUCAGCCCGGGCAGCUGCCGUUGUUUGUGGACCUGGCACAGCAGCAUGCGAUUGGCCCGUCGCACUCCUCCUCCGGCUCUCUCAUUGGUUUGUACGGGACGGAGGCGGAAUCUGAAGGACAGCCCCUGUACAAGCGGGCCAUCUCGGUGCUGCUGGGACCAGGCUGUUCCCAGGACCUGGAGGUAGAGCUGCUGCUGCGCAGCGGGAGACCCAACGGGGUCCUGCAGGCCCUGCGACUCCUACUGGACCAGGGUCAGUGGGGUCAGGCCGUCGGGCUGGCGGAGCGGUUCUGUGGGAGGAGCCCCCUGCUCAACAAGGAGAUCUUCACCACCCUGCUGAGAAAGGGCUGCCAGUACAGGAACUUAGACCCGUACCUGGACAGGAUCCGGGCCCUGUGUCCCGAGGACAUGACGGCGAGUUCCAUCAUUAGGGUGGUGCUGGAGAGCCUCUCUGGCUCUGGGUCCGAGCCGCUACCUUUUCGGAAUCGAGGCGAUCAUCUCACCGUGGCUCCACUGAGACCCCUGCUGGCCCACGUGCUCCAGAGGGAGACUCGACCCCACUACGGCUAUGGCGACCUCACUCGGUUCUCCGCAAUCCCACCCCCCAUCCCCCCACGACGGCCCCGGGGAGCUUGUCAGGUAGCGGCCCUCAGAGUACAGCAAGAGCAAUUAUAA